AUGGGCUCAACGACCAUCAUCCGCGGCUUCAAACUCUCCGUCGCAACCCUCGAUGCCUUCCUCUCCGCCAACAAUGUCGACGAAACAUAUGGAACCCCGCCCUUCUACAAGCACCACCUAGAAAACAAGGAUCUUAUCUCAAAGCUGCUCUUCUCUAAGAUUUCCUACUUCGAUCCUAACGCCGAUAAAAAUAAAUUCCGCGUAUUGAUACCCUCCAUCGAAGGCAUAAGCCGCGCUAAGACAGCGUAUGUUGCUUACUCAUGGGCUGCGGUACGGGCGCAUCGCGAGGUUAAAAUGGAAGAAGACCUGCCGGAGGAAAUUCCCAAGGGGUUUGAAGAGCUUCGGCAGGAGAUUCUGAGCUACUCCGGAAAAGGAGACGUGGAGGAGGAAGAUAAGGUUCAGGAAGAGGGGAAGAUGGGGAUUUAUUUGGUAGUUACCUGUGAUAUUAGGGGGUAUUAUGGGGGAAAUUUUUCAAGUAAGGAAGGUUUGUAA